CUUUUGAAAAGACAACACGGCGUAAAACAGUGCGUGAGUGGAUUAAACAACACUGUCAUGUCCUGCCCGUCGACAGCAUGGUCCUACUGAGGGUGCCUCUGUGUGUGUGUGUGUGUGUGUGUGUGUGUGUGUAUUGGCACGCGCUGCUUCUGCAUGCGUGAGUCCGCGUGCGUGUUGCUGAGUCAGGCGCGACCUCUCUCUCUCUCUCUCUCUCUCUCUCUCUCUCUCUCUCUCUCUCUCUCUCUCUCCAGUUGUUCUUUGCCACUUUGUUUUAUGCGCCGACGUCAUUUCAUACGGUCUGGACACCGAGGCGCGAGGCUGCUCCCCCUCUCUCCCCGUCGCUAAUUGUGUUUCCUACCGACUGACUGACAACUUGUUUGUCUGUUAGCGCAUUGGCUGCCCAUGGGCGCUGCUGUUUACACACUCUGCUGCUGCUCCGCCGGCUGGGCUGUCCGGUGCGCCUCUGCGGUCGGUUCGGGACGGUAUCGGGCUCCGCUUUUAUGAAUGAAUAACGAGACGGGGGGGAAAUGCGAGUGACUGCGAAACUCCCCAGCAGCCGGGCUCCCGGGGGGCCAGCCACCGAUGAGAGGGAUUAACGACGGAGCGGAGCCGCGGCUCAUUGCGGAAAAGCCGACUGCAGACUGGCGUGGAAACGCACCGCGAGGGAAACGGGCUACAUAGCGUAGAGCAGCGGAACAAAACCGCGGCGACCACAAUGUCCAUCCACAUUGUGGCUCUGGGCAGCGAGUGCCCUGGAGGAGUCGGGCCCGGGGAGGAGAUCAUGGGCCAGGGGCAGCUGCAGGGAGGCCUGCUGUGGAGCUACUUGGGUCACGGGGCGCUGGUGGGACCCUGCGACCUGGAGAGCAGCCUGCACAACCCGGCCUUCAUGGAGUACACCUCACGCGUGUUUGGGGAUGUCACUGUAGUGGUUCGGGAUUGUCCCAGCUGGGACUUGUUGGACAGCGACUGGGCCAGCGUACGGAAGGUUCUUGAGCAGGCGGACAUCCUGGUCAUUAAAUAUUCAGUCACUGACAAGCUGGCCUUCCAGCAGGUCAGAAACGGCUACGCCCCGAGACUCCGCCCGCUCCUGAGGCACUGGGGUGUGCCUGUCAUCCUAGUCGCUGUUGGAGCGCGGCUGAACGAUGAAGGCCCUCCCUGUACGUGCCCUCUCUGUGCAUCUGACUGGAGCAGCUGUGUGCCUCACAGUGAAGGUCUGCAGCUGUCCCGGGACCUGGGGGCCACCUACCUGGAGUUGCCCUCUCUCAACCACGUCUUCGUGGGUCGCUAUUUUGGCAGCGUGCUGGAGUAUUUCAUGAUUCAGUGUCUGAAACACAAAGCCAAAGAGAGGCCAGAGAAGAGGCGAGGAAAUAAAGUGAACGAGCUUCGUCCCCCUCACUUAGAACAACCAGCACGUCUUCCCCCUAUCAGAGUAGAGGAGUCCAGUUUCUCCCAGGACAUGCAGUGGUUGUUGGAGCGUGGCGUGCAGUUCGCCGAUGUGGCUUUCUACGCCGGGGACUCUGGGAAAGAACUGGGGUGGGCACAUGCUGCUGUGCUGUGUGCUGUCAGCCCAUACUUCAGACAGCUGCUCCUGGGGCCCAAGAACAGGGAACGUCCGCAGUCGCGGUGUGUUUGCAGAGAGCGUGAUGGAGGUCCCCAUUCGUUGCUCUCCACCUGGGAUGGGGGGAUUAUUGAUGACAUGCCACGAUCAGAAGGGCACCUGACAGGACGCCUCUCUCGUCUGGUGGUGAAGGACCCCCUCCUGUGCAUGUGCUUGUGGGAGACUCUCAUGUUCAUUUACAGAGUGAGAGAGGAAGAAUAUGGGAAAGUAAGGAGGAGAAAAUUGCGAGUAGCAGGAGCGUGGGAGUGGGACCACCUCCAGGAGGCCCUGGAGGAGAAGCUGAAGAAUUCACUAGCUGUGGCUCAGCUUAUGGAGCGCAUACGAUCCCUCAUCGGCAGAGACAGGGGCCCCAGGGACACCCCAAGUGCCCGAGCAGCUCAGCUCGGACCCCAGACGCUCGUCAACCUCUUCAAUUCUCCUCUUUACUCUGAUGUCAUCUUCAUGGUGCAAGGGAGUGUAUUGCCAGCUCACCGAGCAGUACUGGUGGCACGCUGUGAUGUCAUGGCAGCCAUGUUCAGCGGGAAGUAUGCAGAGGCCCGCAGCCGAGUGGUGCCCAUCCACGGUGUCUCCUCGGACACCUUCCUGUCUUUCCUGGAGUACCUCUACACUGACUCCUGCUGUCCUGCCAGUGUUCUGCAGGCCAUGGCUGUGCUGGUCUGCGCCGAGAUGUACCAGGUCAAACGUCUGCAGCAUCUGUGUGAAGUGUGUGUGUGUGCUUACCUUCAGAGCAUGCCCAGUAGAGAGCUGUCAUCAACAGGUAUCAGCGUGAUUCGACUGCUCCGCCGAGCAAAGUGCCACAAUGCAGAGCAGCUGUAUGUCUGGCUCCUCCACUUUAUCGCCAACAACUACCUGAUCUUCAGCCACAAACCUGACUUCCUGGAGCUCUCAGGUCAGUGUGUGGAUUUUUAAACAAGUAGAAAAUGUCUGGAAAAAUAAAAGGCCUUAUAAGUGAUGGUUAUGCAAACUAAAAUUGCUGCAGAGUAAUGGUGGAAUUAAACUGCUGAUUUCAACUUUUUAGAAGGCUUCAGACUUCAUUAAAAAAAAUAAUUAAGUCAAAGUGCCUCCAGGCUUUCGAGGAUCUGUUGUGUUUUUCCACACAGUAUAUGUAGGUUAGACUCCCUCCGUCUCAGAUAAGUGCUGUGAAUCAGAGGCUGAUUCUCAUUUUUUGUCAGAUGGCCAACCAGUUUGGAUAAUACAUGAGGUGUAAUCCAAGUGCCCACCAAUCAGUUGUGUAUGUAAGGUCCAGUGUGGAACAUUUAUGAGGAUCUCUUGGCAGAAAUUGAAUACAAUAUUCAUAUUUAUUUCUUCAUUGGUGUAUAAUCACAUUCAUAUUGUUACCUUAGAAUGAGUGUUUUUUGUUGCCACUGUAGUUCCUCCUACACACUUGGUUGAGACAAAGGGUUUCAGUUUAUUUCAAUCUGCAUUUAGAUGCCUCUAAAUCCUUCACACUGGUCCUUAAAAUAAAACUGAUUCACAGAAAGUGAGUUGAUCACUUUCUACUUUGAGUUUUAUGAAUCAAACAUGGUCAUAGACCCCUGGGAAACCUCUGUAUUGUAUGCUUUACUGUCAUAUAGCACAAUAUGGCGUAUUAGACUGUAGGCUGUCGGCCCCUCAGAAUAAUACCUCCUUAUAGUUUACUUAAUACUAUAAGUUUAUGCUUGAUAUAAUACUUUGAUUGCUCAGUUUUUACAGUCAUAUGCAAUAGGCCACAUACACGCAGUUAAGCUAAUUACAAAGAUUAAAAGCAACAUUGCUCUGGUUAGUAGCAGUAGCACGUUUUAUUGUCAUUAGUCAUACACACAAAAAUCAUUUAAGGUCAAUGGACGGGUACUGAAGGGCACAGGCGAAGUCACAGGCCUGAAUUGGUAGACAGCACAUUAUUGAUCACUACUGAUCUUCCGUUGCUUGUCGGUACAACAGAUAUUUCUGCCUUGUUGGCCGUGUUCAUGGCAACAAUCCAACUGAAUGCGUUUGUGUGAAUAUGUGCCAAGGACAGUAAAUCUUGCUAUAAAAAGGUUUUAUCAGCAAAACAUGCAAUACUUGUGUUUGCAGUAGAUUACAAUUAUAAUAUAUGUGUGUGUGUGUGUAUGUGUGUGUGUGUGUGUGUGUGUGUGUGUGUGUUCCAGAGGAGGAGCGCGAGCAGGUGGAGAGGCUACGCUGGCCGUCCAGAGGCUACCUGCAGGAGCUUAGCGAGUACCAGCAGCGGCGACGCAAACUACGCAAGUCCCGCUGCAUAGUCAUGUGACCGCCACCUGGAUGCCAAAAUCUGAGGAAAACGGGGGGGAGAGCAGAGGAGGGAGACCAGGGAGAAAAUAAUGACAAAGAGUGAGACUAGUCAUCAAUGCUUAGAGAAACAGACAGAAGAAAAGUCUUUUCUGUUUGUCCUGCUGGAUGAAGGGGCCGAUCCUGAAGGACACUUUGCAGAGGAAAAUGUCAUAAGACUCCUUAACCAAUGGGACAAAGUCGGCGAGCAGUGACAUAGACCACUGUGCCACACCUCUCUUCCCCCGAAGGAAUGACUGGGCAUCCUUUGCAUAAUGACUAUUCCAUCAUGGGCAAUACAAAAUGACUGAUCCUUAAAACCCAAUGUGAAUUUAAAAUGACUGGCUGGCCACUGGCCAGAGGCUCUGUGAGAGAUUAUAUUUCUAUUGGCCGAUGCAAAAUGGUGGAUUUCAAAGAUGAACAGUGACACAAAAUGGCUCCAUUACGAGUACAGAUGUAUCAAAUGACCACACAUCUGUUGAAACACUGAUCAGAAUCACGUGCACACUGUUUCAAACUACAGAAACAGGUAACGUGAUUCAGGUUGACUAAGCAGGAAGGAAAUUGUGUUUUCUCUGCUCGACACCUGGGGAUGUCUUUGUAUCUUCUGUACGCUGGACACAAGACUACUCCAUUUUAAAUUCAACCUUGGCCCAUGAUGCAUUUGUGUUCCGUUGGAUCUACAAAUUGUGAGUGUGUGCACAUGCAGCAUUUCUUUAAGCUGAAAUAACUCUUGAGCCUCGAACCUCUUUGUGGCUUGAUCAGUAUUUCAGGCAAACCGUGACCUACAUUAACACCGAGAGCAGAGUGGAAGGAAAGAAAGAAACUCAGUUUAGCAGACAAGCAGGACCAAUUUAAUUACAGCUCUUUUAUUAGAUUCCUUCAGGUCUAUAAUGCAACAUCAGUGAGUGUCUCUGAACCAGACUGAUUUUAUCACGUGAGAUUUAAUACAUUUUGGUUGUAGUCUGUGUUAAGGCCGUCUCACCUUUAUUCAGAUGUGGCUCGAAAUUUAAUCUUCAAACUAAACUACACAUAGUCUGUAUCAAAAUGAAAUGCUCUAUACACCAAAUCCAGAACCAUAAUCAACAAUGAUAAAAUGUAUUUUUCAAUUUGAUUUAAAGUCUGUGAGCUGGACUUUCACACCAUUUCAUUUGCUGGUUAUGAUGUAAUCAUGAUUAAACUAAUCCUCAUCCAUUUGCAAUAACAAAUAAUAAUGCUCUAUCUCUGUCUCUCUGUCGCACAAAAAGGCAAAAGCCUUUUGUAGCAUUUACAUGUACAAUGUGUUGUAAAGAUUUAGGAAAAACAACCAUAUCAUGAACAUAUGUUGGUACACUAAAAACCACAAUGCCUCUGGGUAAUAUAAUAUACAAUAUUUAUUUUAUCCAAUUCUUUUUAAUUUGAGAGAUUGUUUUUAAUCAUAAAAAGAAUAUGAUUUAUUGGUGCUGGAAUUAUUUUUGUAAACUCUACUGUAUGUGGACAUGAUUAUGACAUGAUUACUUUUACUUUUUUACAUUCAGAGUAGAGACAACUGGUCACACUGUUUUACAGUCUACUGUUUCACUGGUAUUUACUUAAAAAAGGUGCAUGAUUAUAAAAAACCUGACGUGCAGGAAGACAAAACAGAUAAACCUUCAACAAAAUGAAGCCAAAAAAGGUCGACAUUAUGCAGCUCUUUCUUAUUAGGUGGAUCAAUAUCUGUCAUUAAUAGUCAGCAAACAGUAUGUAACUGUAUUUGCAUUCAGUUUGUGCAGUACUUUGGCACAGGUGGAGCAGCAGGCUGUGUAUAUAGGACAAGAAAGCUACCACUUUGACAGUGUACAGGUGAUAUCAGUUAGUAUCUUUAAGCCCCUGGUGUAUAUUUAACCUGCUGCUGCACCACAUUAAUCAGAGAGUGUGUCUCCUGAGAGAUCCUCAGAUAAAUCCCAAUCAACUCGUAAAAAGAGAGUCAGUAAAUAGCAGUUGAAAAACUGGACUGUAAAACAAAGCGUACUCCAGUGCUGCAUCCAUACCCAGUGUGUGGAGACACAUGUGGCUCCCCUGGGCCAGUGUUGUACAGACUGUAGAUAACAUGACGUCUGAAUUUAAAUAAAGACAUGUUUUAGAAUGAA